UGUAAGCAGUGUAUUUUCAUCUGCGGUUGCUUUUCAGACAUGUUCAUAAGCUGUAAGGAUAAGAUCAUGAUAUAGCCAUGACAAGUCCUUUACUACUCGCGCAUUAGUUUCAUGGUUGGACUCCCAAUAUUUUGUUUAUUAUCUAUUCAUCUCAUUCUAGGACAUGAAUUCCCAUUGCAACCCUUCUCAAGGACGAGUGAAGCCAUACAUUAUUUAGUUUUUCCAUGGUUUGUUUCGAGAGUUCGUGAUGCAUGCUCGUAUUACUUUAGUUGCAUCAAACAACCCAGCUAUUUUAUGCAUAGUCAGCGAAGUCAUUGCAUGCAUGAAACCUGGGUGGAAUAUACGACAGAUAGUUUAUCAUUUAUCUUCCACUCAUGCUUGCUUACAAUAAGCAGGAACUACGACUACACGCAUAUUAAAUUACAAUCGGCUUUCGAGACGACAUGGAAGCUCGCAAGGACCGGUCGUACAGGACGGGGAAAAGGAAUGAUAAUCGUCUUCAUAUUAAACUGCGAUUUAGACGCGCGACGGACCGCUGGGGAUCGUGACGGGCACAAGGACGAUAUACACUGGCGUGGGCGGGAAGAAGAAACGAUCGCUCGACGGACGUUCGGCGAAAAUUCGAGCCACUGACGAAAGAUUUCAACGUGUGUUCAUCAAACCAAGAUCCAAUAAGAUCCAUCACCACAGUAAAGGCCUUAGUCCUCUCUUAAUUUUGUUUCGUGGUUUUCGCCUUCUCUCUGUUCGUCUCUUCCGGUUUGCCCUGAUAAGAAAAGGA